UGACAGCUCAAAGUGACAAGUCAAAACAUCAAACAAACCAAAUCCAGCGAUCGUAAACAAAGUUAAUUUAUAAUUAUAAUCUGACUUGUGACGUUUAAAUGAUAAGCAGUAGAUGUUUCUUGGGCUUAAUAAAGAGAAAAUUAUUUAAUAAUCAGAAAUACAAUGCGCAUUAUCGGUUCUUUAUAGGUUGUAAUUUUUAUCAAACCCCCACCUCUGCGGUAUCACGUAUUGUUUUAAAUCGUCCGUCAGUUGCGGGGCAAUUCAGUAUACUAAGGACAAUGGCAGCAGUGUGGUCGAUGGGCCCUGGUACUCUUAAAGUACCUUUAUCCCUAUUUGCUAAAAAUAGGAGAAGACUGGCUGAAAAGCUACAAAAUGGACAAGUUGUGGUGUUGCAAGGCGGUGAAGACAUCAGCCAUUACGACACUGACAUACACUACGUGUUUAGACAAGAAGCAUAUUUCACUUGGGUCUGUGGAGUGAGAGAGCCAGGCUGCUACUUUGCCUUAGAUGUGAGCACAGGCAAAUCACACCUCUUUGUUCCGAGACUGCCUGAAGAAUAUGAAGUGUGGAUGGGCAAACUUCUUACAUGUCAUGACUUCAAAAACAUUUAUGCAGUUGAUGAAGUCCAUUAUGUGGAUCAGCUUCGAGAUGUACUCAAAAGCUUAAACCCUGAAACUUUAUUAACAUUGAGUGGUCCCAACACUGACAGUGGGUUAAUAGCUAAAGAGGCUGUGUUUGAAGGCAUCGACGAAUUUAAAGUUGACAACGAAAUUUUAUUCCCUAUAAUCGCCGAAUUACGUGUGAUCAAAACACCCGAAGAGCUGGAAGUUAUGCGCUAUGUUUGCAAAGUUUCGUCCGACGCGCACAAACAGGUAAUGCUGUACGCCAAGCCCGGCCUGAUGGAGUACCAGUGCGAGUCGGUGUUCCUGGACCACUGCUACCGCGUGGGCGGUUGUAGACACGUGUCGUACACGUGCAUUUGCGGCUCGGGGGACAACGGCGCCACACUACACUACGGACACGCCGCCGCGCCUAACAGCAAGCGUAUCGAAGAUGGCGAUAUGUGUCUGUUUGAUAUGGGCGGUAACUAUGCGGGCUAUGCUGCGGACAUCACGUGUUCAUUCCCCGCGAAUGGAAAAUUUACUGACGAACAAAAACUCAUAUAUGAAGCGGUACUUGCUGCUAGAGAUGCUGUCAUAAGAGAAGCCAAGCCUGGUGUGAUGUGGGACGAGAUGCAUUUGACCGCAAAUCGCGCCAUGCUCGAACAUUUGAAACAAGGAGGACUCCUGGAAGGAGAGGUUGAAGACAUGAUCAAGGCGGGCGUGCACGGCACGCUGCAGCCGCACGGGCUGGGCCACCUGCUGGGGCUGGACGUGCACGACGUGGGCGGCUACCUGCCCGCCUGCCCGCCGCGCCCCGCCGGCCCGCUCGCGCGCCUGCGCACCGCGCGCCGCCUGCAGCCCGGCAUGGUGCUCACCAUCGAGCCCGGCUGCUACUUCAUACCCAGGUUACUAAACGCCGCCCAAAACCAUCCGGAACAAUCGAAGUUCUUCAACUGGGUGAAAAUGAGCAAGUAUCGCAAAUUUGGUGGCGUGCGCAUCGAAGACGAUGUGGUUAUUACGGAACGAGGCGUUGAAAAUCUCACCUUCGUGCCUAGGACCGUACAAGAAAUCGAAAAACAUAUGGCGAAAGGAGCAAACUUCAAAUGAACCCUUUAUUGAUGAGUUGCAAUCAAAACUUUUGUAGUAUUAUAUAUAGCAAUAAGAGAAGACAGAUUGUGUAAUAUAUUAUCAUAUCAAUGCAA